AUGCUUUUUCAUGAGACAAGUGUCUAUGGACUCUUGAAAUAUGGUGGAUCGCAGAAUAUGGAGAUCUACAAUUGCAGUGCCACUGGGAAAAGUUUGGAUGAAUGGUAUGCGACUGGACGCUCACAACCGAUCCUUGGCUUCACUCUACUCACUUAUGGGAGUCUCAUUGAGUUACUCUAUGUUCCGUCACUUUAUGUAAUCUCUGGCCCCAGCUACAUCAAAAUGCCGUGCUAUAAGAUCAUGUGCCUCCUCGGGAUUCUUGACAUGUUCGCUAUUGUGACAAACUCGCUGUUGACCGGUUAUCUUCUAAUAAAAGGCGCUGUUUUCUGCACGAAUCCUGAUUUGAUCUUUUACUUUGGAGCAGCUGGAGUUGGUUUCUGGUGUGCUGCUUGUAUGUGUUGUUUGCUUCUCGUCAUUAAUCGUCUUUUCGAGAUUUGGAAGCCGCACAUGGCUGAGAGAAUUUUUAAAGGCUGGAAAUUCAUCAUCAUCCUCACUCUUCCCAUCCUCUACGGAGCAUAUUUCUUCUUUUACACCCCACCUGUCCUUUUCACGUCUAUUCAUGACUCUUGGUUCUUCGAUCCGUUCAUUUUCGAGAACCGAACAGCUGAGUACAUGAAUCCACCACAUACGAUAAACAAUCUUCUCCUUUGUGCAAUCACUUGUCUUCUCUAUACAGCACUUUGUGGAGUACUUGCUCAUCAAUUUGGACAGGGUGGAGCUGAGAAUAAAAUGUCGUGGGGACAGAGAUCGAUAUUUAUCCAAUCGACCGCCAUCUGCAUUGCGAAUCUUGUUGCUGCACUUAUCUAUGUUUUCAUGCAGUUCUUCCCCACUCCAGCUUUCUGCAUUCUCCUCGGGCAUUUCUGCUGGGAGCUUUGCCAUGGUUUCCCUGCUCUUGUCUAUGUGACAAUCAAUCGAUCGGUUCGCCGAGAUAUUUUCCGUUUGAUCGGCUUAGGUCAUUUGGCUAAAGGUGGCAGUCGGAAUACGGUCGAUUACAAGAGUGAUAACAAAAAAUCCACAAAUCAAGCACAUUCCAAUGAGGCUUUCAGUGCUGAUCAUGCUAUU